GUGUUUAAUUUGUAUAAAGGGGCACACUUGAGAAAAUUUGCCCUGGGCCUUACUUUUCAGCAAUCCGAGUACGUAUCUGAAAUUUCAGCAAACCAUGGGCGCAAGGCUUUGGGGACUUUCAUCGAACAGGUUGGGGUCGCGCAGCUGCUGGCCAAGGGGUUGCCUGGGACCUCGACACCCUGAUGGUGCUGAUGUUGUUCUGUGCAUAGAAAAGGCAUUAGCUCAGUCUUGGGUGUCAAGGGAAUAUGAUUACAUCAACGCACUACACACCGGCUGGAGGCCCGGAGACCUCAAAGAGUAUAAUGCUCUUAUUCAUUGUUUUGGCCAGAAUCCUGAGUUGAGAGUAAACUCUACAAAAUCCAUCAUUGCUCACCUACUUGGAGCAGCUGGUACUGUAGAAGCUGUUGCACCACUACAGUUACAUCCUGCCAAACUUCAUUUUCUGGUCAAUGGUUCAACCCACAUAUGAUGACAAAGAUUCGAGUGAUGAAGAUGUCGGCGAAGCUUUUGCGGGUGACAAAGAUGGUGGAAUGGAUUAUGGGAUUAUGCAAAGCUUGGAGGAACAACAUUUUGAUUUUGCUGAAGUUGGCUCUGCAUUGAACAAAAUGUCAAUCACACCAAAGGAUUCCUUACAUAGUAGGUUUGGUGGUGCAAUAAACCAACCCAUGCGAAUGCCCUCGAGAAUUAGACCGUCAACUUGUCCGGAGUCUUUGUAAAUUGAAAGUGUGUAACCCCUCUUUACUUUUGUGGAAGAUGCAAACUGCAAAACUGUAUUGGUUGUACAACAGACAUUAUGAUGGCCUCAGAGGAUUGUGGCAAGCUGAUGAUGAGUGAGAUGCGUAGUCGUAGACUUCC